AUGUUUUCAAACGUAGGGGAUAUAGAGGUGGGAGUGAGGCCUUGUGGCGGUAUUAGUAAAAGUGAUUCAUACUGCUGUGAUGAUGGGUCGACUGGCAUUGGGUCGUUCACUUGUUGUAAGGACGAGUCUAAUAUAUUCACAUACGACAAUGUUACUACACUACCGAGUAUUCUUGCUACGAUUCCCCUCAAAGACGUAUCAGCUACUACAGUCGAAUCGACGUCGUCUUCUACACUAGUCAUUAGCACGAGCAGCGAUAUAUCAACAGGGCUUCUGACAGUCGGAGCGACGAGUACCGAAUUAACGCCAAUACAACCUACGAAUGGCAGCGUAGGUUCUACAGAGAGCGGGAGUUCAUCUGCCAAUGCCAACACAUCGACCGCACUAGGUGCAGGUUUGGGCGUGGGGUUGCCUGUAGCUGCCGCUAUCAUUGGAGGGGUCUGGUUCAUGAUCUGGCGUUCUAAACGAAAGAAUACAAGGGAGACGGAACAGGAAAAGGAACCGCAACAGAGCGUCCCGAGCGGUUUUAUAGUUCCCGACGACAAUACACCAAAACCAGCGACUACCCCCAGCCCUCUAGGGUUAUACGGCGUAGCCAAUACCCGUGAAACAAACGCCUAUGAGUUACCAUCGGGAUACCAUGGUAGGGAACUUCUUACUUAA